AUGGGAAACAGCUUCUGCAAGCGGCGACGUGACGGUGAGAAGGAGGUCGGCGAUCCUCGUGACUUCCACAGCAGCCUGAACCAUGCACUUUCGAGUGCACUGACGAAGUUCGACAGUCUAAGCACCUACUUCGGGGACGGCAUGACGGUGGACUCAGUGGCUAAGAUGCUCCUGCGAGAGAUACGUGAAGACCGUGAUUUCCCCUUCUCCGGUCGCAUGAUGCCUUCGCAAGAGGAGCAGCUCCGGAAAUUCGUCAUGCAGAUGGUCGGCAAGAGCUACGGUCUUUGGAAGAAGGGAGCAGAUCCCAGCGGUGUCAAGGUAGCCCGGGAAGAGGGGAGGGGUAAAGAGUCGGGUCUGGAGUGGGCCAGCAUCGACCAUUACCCCGUCUGGGUCGUAGAUCAAAUCGAAAACUACCUUUCGGCAGAAAAGGGGCAGCAGGAGAUGAUGAGGAGGGAGCUCGAAAGAACUCUCCUCGAGAAGCCUCUUUUCUCCGCAACUGUCAAGUAUGAUGGUACGUGUUUCGGAAAGCUGGACAACGGCAAUCUCUCUGGGCGCCGCCACCAGGUAGGUAAAGCUUGCGAGAGCUACCUCCAAACCAGCACCGCCGCCUGCAAAGAGUGUAACAUCGAGCUUGUCCGUGCAGAGCUUUCUCGAGUCUUCGAUGCAGAACUCACCCCAGGAUCUGUCUGUGUUUGGGGAGAACUUAUGUGCAAUCCUGGAUACUACGAUUACCUUGCACGUGGGCUUGCUGAGAAGUGGAUCUGUUUCGGAGCAGUGGUGAAGCUUCCCCAGGCGCAGGAUGGCGGAGACAUCAUGGCUUGGUCUAAGAAACUCGACAAGCACGGCUUCGCACACAGCAUCGCGGCGGAGGGCCAGAAAGUGCGACUAUUUCUUUGUCCUGCCCUGCGGCAGCUGCUGACCAAAGCAGGCUGUGAUGUCACAGAUGAUGCGCAGCAAUCAACCCAUGCCAAUCUCGUCGCGAGCAUGGCGAAAAGUCUUGCAGCUGGAGAAAACGAAGGGUUUGUGCUCGUGUUCCGCAGGGGCAACUUCGGCCAAGCCUCUAUUCGGAAGUGGAAGAACUCGGCUGAAGGCGGGGGUGUCAGCAAGAGGCACGCAGAGCAGCUCAAAAGCCUCAAAGUACGAGAUCUCCAGGAUCUUGGUAUGCUGGAUGCUCGGAUUGCUGAUAUGGUGGAGACCAUGAUCCAGGUGGCUGAAGCAG